CUGUGUUGAAUGGUCGACGGCGGGCGAAGGGGUCGUUGCUCGACCGACACGGCGGAAUGGGUUUGAAAAUUCUAUGAUGUGAAAUCGAUGUGGUUGACCAAUUGAUUGCUUAUCAGUAGCUCUGCUCACUGCAUCAUGGAUCAAAAGCUCUUAGGGAGAGAGAGAGAGAGAGAGAGAGAGAGAGAGAGAGAUGAGGGGAUCACUUAUGUUGCUGCUGCUGAUCUCGAUGGUGAUGGCGGGAGCUGCAUCGGCAUCCACCGAACACGAUACCACCAUUCCCCUCUUCGCCGAUUGCGUAGCAAGCUGCGGGGCCAUGUUCAUCCCCUACCCUUUUGGCACAGCGGGAAAGUACAGCUGCUCCAGGCCAGGCUUCAGCUUCGUCUGCAACUACAGCUCCGAUCCCCCCACGCUCCUCUUGGCCGACGGCGUAACCCAGGUGAUCCUCGUGUCACUGGACAACCACACCAUCAGCGUGAGAUUCAGCAUCGCCGCCAUGAGCGCCAACGAGGACUCCCUCUUCACCUCGUGGACAUCCCCUCCAGGGGCACCGUACGCCAUGUCACCGACCUCCGUCACGCUGACGGUCGUCGGCUGUAGCGCCACGGCCUACCUGCUGGACCUCGUCACCAACAAGAUCAUCGGCAGCUGCAUCACCGACUGCUCCGACAGGGAAAUGGAGGCCAUGGAGGGGGCGGCUUGCAGCGGCAUCGGCUGUUGCCAGGCCACCUUCCUUUCGCCGGUGAGGUCGUUCGGGAUCAAUCUCACCCGCCAUGACCGGCACUCCGGUCGAGCCACCAGCGUCAAGGCCUUCGUGUCCAGCGCCCAAGCUGUAUACAGGUUCAGGAAGGAGGACCUUUUCACGGAAGACACCGUCACAGGUAGCACGAUGGCAGUCGCCGUCCUGGAGUGGGCGAUCAUCGAGCAAUCUUCCUGCGAGGAUGCCGCCAAGAACACCACGACUUACGCGUGCCUCAGCACCAACAGUGUUUGCUCCAACACCAAAACGAAGGGUCUUGGAUACUACUGCGAGUGCUCCUCCGGUUACGAGGGCAAUCCUUACAUCCCUGGAGGUUGCCUAGUCUGUGAUGUCUUGCUAGAUAUUGAUGAGUGUGCAGACCUAGAGAAGUACUCCUGCACUGGGAUUUGCGUCAACUACGCUGGUGGCUACACUUGCUGUCCACCAGGAUCACAUGUCGAUUCCAGACUCAGCUGCGUUCCCCCAAAAAGCCAAAAGAUUAUAAUGGGUGUCAUCAUUGGCGUUAGCAUUGGCUUCGGCCUCCUGCUGAUGCUGGUAUGUGCAGUCAUCUUCAACCGGAGGCUGAAGGAGAUGAAACUGAAGAAGUUGAAGGAGCGAUACUUCCAUCAAAACCAUGGCUUGCUAUUGCGAAGACUGAUCGCGACCGACGAUGUUAAUGCCGAGAGGACCAAGAUUUUUCCCCUGGAAGAACUAGAGAAAGCCACCAACAGCUUCGACCCCGCACGAAUCCUGGGGCAUGGAGGCCACGGCACGGUUUACAAAGGAAUUCUGUCGGAUCAGCGCGUGGUUGCCAUUAAGAAGUCCAAGAUCGUGAUUCAGAGAGAGAUCGACCAGUUCAUAAAUGAGGUCGCGAUUCUUUCUCAGAUCAACCACAGGAACAUCGUAAAGCUCUACGGAUGCUGUUUAGAGACGGAAGUGCCGCUAUUGGUGUACGAGUUCAUCACGAACGGAACUCUCGCUGAUCAUCUCCACGUCGAAGAUCGUUCCUCCUCUCUGUCAUGGAAAGACCGCCUAAGGAUCGCCGUGGAGACCGUAGGAGCGCUUGCUUAUUUGCACUCUGCUGCUUCCAUUUCCGUAUUCCAUAGAGAUGUUAAGUCAUCCAAUGUGCUCUUGGAUGACACUUACACCGCAAAGGUAUCGGACUUUGGAGCUUCAAGGACUGUUCCAGUGGAUCAAACGCACGUCGUCACAGGGAUACAGGGCACCCAUGGCUACUUGGACCCCGAGUACUACCACACAGGCCAGCUAACAGAGAAGAGUGAUGUGUACAGUUUCGGAGUCAUUCUUGUGGAGCUCUUAACAGGUUUCAUGCCGGUCUCCCUCACUAGAUUCGGGGACAGGAAUUUGGCCAUGUACUUCAUCUGGGCACUGAAAUCAAAUCGUGUGUCGGAUGUAUUGGAGGCUCGGAUCAAGGAGGAGGCGAUGGAGGAAGAGCUCGAGGAAAUGGUGGGGCUUGCAGAGGAAUGCCUAAGGUUGAAAGGAGCAGAGAGGCCUACCAUGAAAGAAGUAGAGAUCAGGCUACAAGGCUUGAGAAGGGGCAAGAAGAAGGAACAAGUACAGUUGACUCAUCAUCAGAGUGAAGAAGCUGAGCCUCAACUCUGCGAUCCGUAUCGUGCUUGUCGUCACCAACGAUCUCUUGAUGGCAAUUUAGCUGACACAGCAAUCCAGGAUACAUCUAGGCGACACAGUUUGGAGGAGGAAUUCAUGUUGUCACUGAACUUUCCGCGAUAGAAUUCUCUACCUGAAUCCAUGCUAUUCUCCAGGAAUUACAUCACGGUAAGGUAGAACAGAGAUAGAUUCGCACAAUACCUUAAUCCAUGCUAUUCUAUCACUUCUUUACCCUAAAGAAUUCUGUACGUAUUUCGACACAAUUUUCGCAAACAAGGAUGAUUCAUUCUGUAACAAUCUUAUCGGACUAUCAUGUUCCACAAUGAGGCCUGCUCAAGAACAAGCUCAAAUCAGAUACUGUCACUGAUGCGGGAGCAAAACAAGAGAGAAAUAGGCUAUCAUUUUAAUCACACCAACCAUUAUCAAGCAGCAAGGUUACAUCGAUGUUGAUCACAGAAGUAAUCCGAUGAGCUACUGUUAUGACGGUUGAUCCCAGGAACUGCUGCCUCAGAGUCCUCUGGAUUAUGCUGUCGGUAGCAGUAUCCACUGAGGCAGUUGCUUCAUCAAAAACCAGUAUCUUGGUCUUUCUCAAGACCACCCUACCUAAACAGACGAGCUGGCGUUGACCAACACUCCAAUUCUCUCCUUUCUCAGUCGCUGCAAGUCAAGCUGGUCAUCACACACAACUGAUGAUUCAAACGUACAGACAGAUCCAUGCUAUAUCUAUUACCUUCAGAGUCAAGCUUCAAUUGCUUCCUCCUAAUCUCUUCUCCAAGUCGACAGCAAUCCAAUCCCAAAACAGCAAAAGAGAAGACGAAUAAUUUAGGAAUGAGAACCAAAACGAAAUUGUUCUAUUGACGCACCUUCCAUAUCUGUUAAUUUGUGUACUCUUCGAGUGGAUCUACAUUCUUGCGCAGGGUUCACUUUGAACAUUAUUGGAUCCUGUGGGAUGAUGCUCAAUCUGGAUCUCAGGUCAUGCAAUCCAAUGGUUGAAAUGUCAGUGCCAUCUAUGAAUAUGUGAGCGACAGUAGGAUCGAUUAUACGAAAGAUUGUUUGUAUCAGGGUGGGUUUUCCACUGCCUGUCCUGCGGACAUUCCCGGUCUUUCUUCCUCCAGGAAAUCUGCAAGUGAGACCCCUUAACACGAGGCAUGUGCAGGCUGUAACGAACCUGCACCAAAAUGAUCAGUGCUUCAAGAACAAUGAAUCAUUAGGAUUUGGCAGCAACUUUCAAGAUACCAAUAGAGAAACAUUAGAUACAAAAGAGAUAUUUGGUCCUUUCAAUUACCUUUGCAUUUCAAUUCUGACCUUGGGCAUGAACAGUAUUUGUUUCCUUGCAUGUUUGUUCAGCUA